GACUAUUCUAUUUUUACUCUCGAACAAACUUCUCAUGUCACCGCAGGAAGGGCUUUUCAGUUUAUUCAAUCAUAUAAACAAGAUGUGGCCAAAGUACGUAUAUCUAAUCGUUGAAGCUUUUAUAGUCACAAGCCUGUUUAGAAGAUCUCAUGCGCAAUCUGUGAGUUGCGACAAUGCGGUGCAAGCUCCUCUAAUUUCAGCAAGAUCAUCUCUGCCGAUAUUCCAAAUCGCUAAUCCAAGAGAUACCGAUGCAAUAAAAGCAUUGAUCACCGAUUUGCUGGCCGAGUUGGCAUUUGAUGAUAAGGAAAGGCAAAAUCCUGAAAGUGAAAGCAGGUGUCCAUUAAUGGAUAUAGAUCGUGAAGGAAUUGAGGGAUUAAUUCAAAUUCUUUUGGAAGAACUAAAGGACAAUCUUGGGAUAAAUGAAAAUAUAUCAAAUAUAUUUGUAGAAACUUCACAAGCCAACUUGAAUGCCAGAAGGAUGAGGGCAUACAUGGAUAGAUAAAAAUAAAGUAAUGAGCAGUAUA